GGCCACCGCCGGCGCUUCACAGAGUUCGGGCCGACCAUGUGCGGCAUGCUGGCCUCCCUGGAAGAGCAGGUGCAGCGGCGGCCGCAGCAGGCGGCCACCCUGUACCGGGGCCGGCGGCGCACGUUCGCCGACAUUGACCGGUGCUCGGCGCGGAUGGCCGAGGCGCUGCGCGCGCCUCCGGACUUUGCCGAGCCUGCAGACGUGGCCGCGUGUACUGCGGCGCCCGACGACACGCUGCUGGCGUUCCUCGCCUGCCUGCGCCUCUCGGCCUGCUGCACGCCCAUCCGGCCGUCCGCUUCCAACGCACUGCUCGCCUCCAUCAUGGAGGAGCUGCCGCCCGCCUGCACCGUGGUCGACAACGACACGGCCAGCCGCUUUGCGCAGGCGCGCGACAACAGGACGCUCAACAUCAACGAUGCUCUGCAGCCUCGGGACGACGGUUCUGGCUGCUGGGAUCGACCGUGGCUGAGGCGGUCACCGUCGCCGUCGAGGAGCUCGCCGUAUCGACGACCUCUGCUACAGAUCCUGGGCGAAGACGAGGACGGCCGCUGUGCUCUGGCCGCCGAACGCUGCCUGGGCCGAAUCCAGUGGGAAUGGAGCGAUAACCAGGCCGACCGCGAGACCGUGGCCGUGCUAGACAGCGUGGACACGGCACGUUUCUGGGAGGACACGCUCAGUGCUCUCUGCGCAGGCGCCACGGUGGCUCUUCCCACAGAAGAGGACAAGCGCUCCCCGAGCGCGCUGCUCUGGUUCCUUCGUAACGCGUCGGCGACGCGAGUCGAGAUGACGCCGGACCUUCUGUUCGCGCUGCUGAGGCGUGCCGCGCUGGACCCCGGACCGGUGCUGCCCGAACUGCGACUGGUCAAGUGUUCGCGGGGUCUGGUGACCACGCAGCUGGCGCGCCUCUUCCAGCGGAUCCUGCCCAAGGCGAGGCUCAUGCGCGUGUACGAGAGGUCGGGUCACUCCUUCGCCUACGAGUGUCCGGCACAGGGCGAGCUGCGACACUUUGCCACAGACCACGGAGACUUCGUGACGAUCGGCAGGCCCGUCGGAAACUGCCGCGCCGCCGUGUGCGAGCCUCGUCUCAUGACUGAGUGCCUUCCGGGCACUGUCGGCACCAUCUGCUUCGCUGGUGCAAAGGACGACCAUUUGCUGCCAACAGGCGACAAAGGCUUCGUGGAUUCCGAUGGCUACUUUUAUCUUACCGAGCGGACUGCGCCGAGAAUAGACGGUUGCAAGGCCGACAUCGCCCUGAUCACCAAGUGCCUUACCGACAUACCAGUGGUGAGCGACGGCGAGGUGAGCUGGGAGCGGCUCAGCUCGCCCAAGGUCUCGUUGGUCGCCUUUUAUUGGAGCACCGCGCCGGGCGACACGUCGGGCGAGCUGUUCCGGCCGCUCAGCUCGAAGCUGCCCGGCUGGCAGUGGAUGCCACUGCUCGUUCCGCUCGGUCCGCUGCCAGCCGACAAGCGGCCGGACAAGCGUGAGUUGCUCAGGAACUACGCCGACGCCAUUCUCAAACUGCAGAGUUGCGGUGAGGUGAACGUGACGCGCGCCGCCACCGUACUCGUGGCUCUGGCACGAUCGCUCGGCACGACCGUCGGUCAACUGGACAUGGACAGGAGCUACGCCAGUCAGAGGACAGGAAAUGGCGCCAGAUCCGUCUCCGAUGCUGCCGCACUCCUGGAGCACAUCGGAUAUCAGGUGAGCGCGUCCGAGUUGAGCGACACGGUGCCCCUGCGCAUUUUGGUGGAGCGCGCCGCGUGCACGAUGAUGCUGCCCGGGAUGCCCGGAGCGCGGCGUCUCCGAGUGUCGCUCCUGGACGCGGACACGUCGUUCGACGAGGUGACGAACCUGCUGGCGCGCUCCUUUACGUCCAAGAACCGGCUCGACCAGGCGGUGCACAACACCGAGGAGCAGCACUGGCGUAGCCUGCGACACCUGUGGCCGCAGCUGAUCGCCGAUGGCGCCACGAGGCUCGUGCGCGACGCGGAGACGGGAAAGCUGCUCGCCGUGGCCGCCUGCUGCGACUUCAGCGCACCUCAAACGGCGCCUGACGGCAUGGCAGAGUCAUUCUUGGCCAUCGCCGAGAUCAACGAGUCGAUGGAGCGACCCCUGCGCGCGGCUGUCACCGCACUGGGUCGACGCUUGCUGCUCUGGUUCAUGGUGGGCACCGGCACCGACCUUCACGCUGACAACAUCGCGCUCGUCCUGCUGCUGAUGGCGAACACGCUGCGCGACGCUAAAUCGCUAGGCUACCACGGCGUCUGCAGCAUCAACUCCCAUCUCAUUACCAAUGUCAUCACGCAGCAGUGGUUCCAGUUCGACGUGUUUGACGAAGGCCCGGUCGCCGACUUCGAGUACUGUGGCCGCCGGCCUUUCGCCAAUAUCCGCGCGGGCACGCAUAUUACAUCAGUGUGCCGGUUCUUCGAUCCCAGCUAGCCCCAUCAAGCUUGCUUCGUUUCAAGUGCAAUUUUAAGAAUCUCGCGUACGUGUGGUGACGCAGUGUGAGCAGCAGUUUACCAACGUGGGACACACCUGUGCGCACGCUACAGAGGAUAACCUAGUUAACCCGUUGCCAAAUUUGUGCCAUGCAAAGCGAAACUCAUGGCUGAACUGCCGAUAGUCUUAUGCAAUAAAAGUGCAGAGACCACUUUUUGUUUGA